AUGUCAGAAACACAGCUCAAGAUCCCUUACGCCUCAAUAGAGAAUCAUAUUCAGUGUUCAAUCUGCCUGGCUGUGAUCAGGGGUGCAAUUUUGACCCACUGUGGCCAUCGCUAUUGUAACCGCUGCAUUACUGAAUGGGUAGAAAGACAUCACAGAUGCCCCUGUUGUAACAGCAAUCUGACCACUCAGCAGUUUCACUACGAUGUUCAGUUUGAUUCGUUAGUUGAGGAUAUCCUUACAGAGAGAGACAAGGCAGAACAGGCAUACUUUGACAAGAUGCAAAAUUCUGAAGCAAGUCCGUGUUUGUCUUCUUUUGAAGAGAUCUUGAAAAAACACAUGAAAUCCAGCUUAAUGUCACACAAGAGAUACUUUGAUUUGUUACGAGACGAAUGUGAAAGAAAGAUUAAUCUCUUAAAUGGGGGAAUAAAUACACUGCCAGAGGGCCAUAAUGUUUCAGGUACUGAUAACUGUGAUAAUAUUGACAACUUGAAAGAUGCCAUGAGGAACAAUUUAGAAGAGAGCGAAAGGUUGGCAUCUGAAGCAUUUGAUAGAUACCUGACAGAACAUGUUCCAAGCAUAGAGAUUUUACCUGUGACUGUAAGUGUGUACCUGGCAGACAAGAACAUAAGACUUCCUGAUGUAGUGUUCAAGCCUUCUGAUAGCUUGGAUGUAUUGAAACCUAUAGUAGAAAAUGCGAUGCUAGCCAAAACUGAUAAGAUAGUCGCAUGGACUGAUGAAGGUGGAACGAAACUUCUUUUUGGUCCUCUGUCCAAAACUGGAACAUAUGAUAUCGCUGAGGUCAGUAGCAACAUAGACACCCUGCCUGAUGUACAUCAACUGACUUGGAAUACAAGACCUAUUUUUCAGCAUCAUAUGCAACCAGGAAGUGAAAUUGUUCUGCAGGGAGUCUUCAAAGCUGAAAGUGAUUUGCCACAGCGCUGUUUUGCCAACACAUUUCACGAGAAUGGAUCACAGCCUACAGAUUAUUUUUUGUGCUACAAAUGUAAUGUUAAAUGGAUCUGCAAGUCAUGCAUACAGUGUUGUCACACAGGUCAUAACAUCGCCCCAUUUGUACUAAGACAUAAACCAACAUGGGCUUGUUGCUACUGCCCAAAGAAGCAGCUAUGCAAGAUACAGAACAAAUGA